AAAUAAUUAACCGGAAGUGGAGUUUGUAAACAUUGUCUCAUGAAUGAAUUUCAUUAAAAAAAUGUGUUUUAGUGAAAUAGUUAUGUUCAGCCAAACUUUUUGGUGCUAAGCUGAAAUGGAAUGGAUGAUAAGUUACUAACCAAUGGAAAUCAGGAUGAAGUUAAAGCCCCUCCUACUUAUGAUUAUGAUUGGAGCUUUGGUAGUUGCAGUAAUAGGUUUCAGUUUAUGGUCAUACACGUCCAGUGAAGACAUUAGUGAUCCAAAGCAUUUGUUUCUGAGGUCUGACAACAGUAAAACAUUAGAACUAACAACAUCAAGCCCCGGUGCUUCUCCUCGAGAUACCAGAUGUACCUACCAUACCUGUUGUGAUGUGUACCACUGUGGGUACAAUGACAAGACCAGAAUAAGUGUGUAUAUUUAUCCUGUCAAUGAGUAUGUGGACCAGGCAGGUAAUGCCAUCACUUUGCCCUUGUCUAAGGAGUUCUAUGAAAUGUUAGAAGCCAUUGCUGACAGUCCAUACUAUACCAAUGAUCCUGAGAUGGCCUGCUUGAUAGUACCUUCUGUUGAUCUCUUGAACCAGAAUAGCAUCAGAUUAAGAGAAGUUGGACAAAUAUUAGCUUCAUUGCCAUGGUGGAAUAAUGGUAAUAAUCAUCUUCUGUUCAACAUGUUACCUGGGAGUUCCCCAGAUUACAGUACCGUGUUAGAGGUGGACACAGGGAAAGCAGUUAUUGCUGGAGGGGGAUUUUCUACCUGGUCAUACCGUAGAACAUUUGAUGUCUCAAUACCUAUAUAUAAUCCUCUUAUCCAACCUGAUAAAAUGCCUCAAAAAUCAUAUCUAGAGAAAAGAAGAUAUUUGGUGAUAUCCUCUCAGACCAGUCUGCAUAAAGAAUACAGAGAUGUUUUACAUGACAUAGAGAAAGAGGAACCAAGAUUUUUAUUUAUCCAGAAGUGUCUGACUGAUGAACGGCCAUGGAAUUUCUCCAGACGUUGUAAACAAAAUGUGGCUUAUGAUUACCCUCAAAUUCUCCAGGAUUCUACGUUUUGUUUGGUAAUAAGAGGAGCUAGGAUUGGCCAACCAGCUUUAUUUGAUGUGAUGUCAGCCGGCUGUAUUCCAGUCAUUGUAGCUGAUGGUUAUAUUCUACCGUUCUCAGAAGUUCUGGACUGGAAAAGAAUAGCUGUGACUGUUUUAGAAGAUGAAUUAGAGAACAUGAUACAGAUAUUAGAAUCCUAUUCUCAAGAAAAGAUAUACGAACUACGACAACAAGUUAACUUUAUAUGGCAGAAAUACUUCAGUUCACCAAAGGUUAUUGCCUUGACAACAUUACAGAUCAUUAAUGACAGAGUUUUUCCUUAUGCAGGAAAGUCAUAUGAAGACUGGAAUGACAUUCCAAAUACGAGAACACUAAAGAAUCCAUUAUUCCUACCAUUGCGACCUCCCAGUGCUCAAGGAUUUACAGCAGUGAUUCUGACAUACGACAGACUUGAAUCAUUGUUCAAAGUUAUACAUUCUGUGGCUAAAGUUCCCAGUCUGGCAAAGGUAGUGGUAGUUUGGAACAAUCAGAAAAAGUCACCACCUCCAAUGACAUCAUGGCCUGAUAUUGGUAAGCCAUUGAAAUUUGUCAAGACUAGGAAAAAUAAAAUGAGUAAUCGAUUUUUCCCGUAUGAUGAGAUCCAGACUGAAUGUAUAUUAGCUUUAGAUGAUGAUAUCGUAAUGUUAACGGCAGACGAACUUGAGUUUGCUUAUGAAGUUUGGAGGGAGUUUCCUGACCGAUUGGUAGGAUUUCCCUCUAGAGUUCAUCUAUUGGACAACACUACAAACAAAUGGAAGUAUGAAUCUGAGUGGACUAAUGACAUUUCAAUGGUCCUUACAGGGGCUGCUUUCUAUCACAAGUAUUUUAGUUACCUAUACACCCAUGCCAUGCCUGUAGAACUGAAGACAUGGGUAGACGAGCACAUGAACUGUGAGGACAUAGCCAUGAACUUUCUGAUGUCAAAUGUCACUGGCAAGGCUGCUAUCAAGGUCACGCCAAGGAAAAAGUUUAAAUGUCCUGAGUGUGUGAACACCGAGAUGUUGUCCUCUGACCUCAGUCACAUGAUAGAGAGGUCAGAUUGUAUUAACCAGUUUACACGUAUAUACCAGUCUAUGCCUUUAAAGAACAUAGAGUUCCGUGCUGAUCCUGUGCUGUAUAAAGAUGACUUCCCUGAUGUACUGAAGAAAUAUAAAGAUAUAGGAAUGCUGUGAUAGAAAUCCUACUUAAAAAUUAAUAGAAUACAUGCAUAACGUAUUUUUAGUUUUUUUUUUAAUUUUGCGUCGUUUUUAACUGACCCAGUAUUUCUAUCUUUCUAUUAUUUGAAAUGUUGAAAUACAAACAUUUAAAAAAUAAAUUCUUAUUUCCUCACAAGAACAGAUGUUUUAUUAAUUUACUAGUUUUAAUUUGAUUGAUAGCGAUGAACGAAAGAUGAAUUUUACAAACGUUAUUAUUUCAGUGCUUUAAACAUAUGAUCUGCAUGUUAAGAUAAAUGGUGCUAUUUUAUAUUUACUGUAUAUACUAUGUGUUUAUUGAUUAAUUGAUGUUCGAGAAAGGAACUGUGCAUAAGACAAUUUAUUAUACUGUUAAACAGAGAUAAUAAAAAAAACAAGUCUCAAAUUUCAUUGUAAAAAAGACAAAUUAUCAAGGUCAUUUUUUUUUAAAUUUUCAUCGUCAAAAUGUGUCACUUUAAUUGUAUUGUUAACCACUUCAUGUAUUUUGUCUU